AAUAGGCGCGUCAUCUACGAGAACCUCUUCAAGGGGUGUCCUAGUUGCGAAAAAAAAGACUUCAACGCGCCGAAGCACGAAGAGCUCGAUGUACCCAAUCUCCAGGUCGUCAAGGCUCUACAGAGUUUGACCUCCCGGGGUUACGUCAAGACCCAAUUCUCGUGGCAGUAGUACUACCACGUUCUCACCCCUGAGGUUGUGGAGUAUCUCCGUGAAUGGCUCCACCUCCCUGCCGAAAUUGUGCCCGCUACUCACAAAAAGGCUGCACGUCCCCCACGCCCCGCCACUGUUCGCCCUGGAGGAGGAGAGGAUGCCUACCGUGCUCCCCGUGGCGGCCUCGAUGGCUAUCGUAAGAAGGAGGGUGGUGCCCCUGAUAACUUCAGGCCCCAAUUCGCUGGUGUUGGAAGAGGCGGACCCAGGGAUUAA